AUGCUUGUGUUUAAGAGUAAGAAUGAUACCAAUGAUAGGGUGGCUGGCAAAGGGCCUCAAGAUCCUAGUCUCACACCUUCCAGUUUUGAUACAUCCAAUGUAUGGCAAACUGUGGCCAAGAAAUACGAUCAAGAAAUUAGUUGGGAUGAAAUUGUAAUGGGUGUAGGAUUAUUAAGACGUUGGUUGAUUGGAAAAGCUCAGGGCGAUGUAUUGGAAGUAUCAACAGGCACAGGAAGGAACUUUGAUUAUUAUAAGCCCAAUAAGGUACAUUCAGCUACAUUUACAGAUAGACAUGAGCCCAUGUUGAAUGAAGCCAAAGAGAAAUACCUCAAGUCAUACAAGGAUCGAUUCCAUCAAGCGUUUUUCGAGACAACCAGUAUAGAAGAGAAACAAAACCGAAAAUAUGAUACAGUCGUGGAUACAUUUGGUCUUUGUUCUUGUGGAGAUCCUGUAGAGGCACUUGUUCAAAUAGCUGAUUCAUGUCGAUCAAAGGAUUCUCGAGUCUUGUUGCUUGAACAUGGUCGUUCUCAUUAUGAUUGGUUAAAUCGUCUGUUGGAUACAAAUGUUGAUAAGCAUGUCAAACAAUGGGGCUGUUGGUGGAAUCGAGAUAUUAUGGGCUUAUUUGAAGAUGAACGUGUAAAGCAAAAACUAGAGAUAGUAGAGCAUUCAAGAUGGCAUUUGGGCACAACAUGUUAUAUUAUUGCUAAACCUAAAUAA